AUGUGGAGACAUCCUUGUGCUGUUUCAGAUUGGGGAAAGACAGGAAGGACUGGACCUGCUUGUCUUCGCACUCAGUUUGACCCAUCUAUCAAGAUUUCUCUUGUUAUAGAUAGCUGUUACGAGGACGAAAAAGAUAGAGUAGUUUUGGCAGAAUGUGGACAUUACAUGUGCUCAAGUUGUUGGAAGAAAUGGGUGAAGUCGAGGCCACUGUCGGUGUGCUGGGUUUGCUCGAAAACAAUUGAACGAUAUGUGUACGCAAGGUUUCGAGACAGCCCAUGUCCCGUGGACCAUUGUCGUUCUGGAGACACUCCGCGGGACUACGUACUAGUCCCAUGUGGGUAG